AUGAUUGCUGUGAACCAGACCGGGACCCGGACGCACACCGACACUCUUCCAUUCGCGGUCGGGACUUACAAACUUCUCGCUUUUACUAUCGGGACUAUCGGUGCUCUGGGGUUCUGUAACAACGUGGCUGUUAUUGUACUUUAUUAUAAGUUUAGGAAACUGCGCACCCCCACCAACCUGCUGCUGCUUAACAUCAGUGUGAGUGACCUGCUGGUGUCGGUGAUCGGGAUCAACUUCACCUUCAUCUCGUGUUUGGAGCGCGGGUGGGUGUGGAACAGCUCCACGUGUGUGUGGGACGGAUUCAGCAACAGCCUCUUCGGUAUUGUGUCCAUUAUGACCCUAUGUGCCCUGGCGUAUGAACGCUACAUUCGGGUGGUACAUGCCAAAGUUGUUGAUUUCCCUUGGGCUUGGAGGGCCAUCACUCACAUUUGGCUCUAUGCUCUUGCUUGGACUGGUGCUCCGCUGCUAGGAUGGAACAGAUACACCCUCGAGAUCCACCAACUGGGCUGCUCAUUGGAUUGGGCUUCUAGAGACCCCAAUGAUGCUGCUUUUAUCCUUUUGUUUCUCUUGUUCUGCUUCUUUGUUCCUGUGGGGAUCAUGGUCUACUGCUAUGGGAACAUUUUGUACACUGUACACAUGCUGCGGUCCAUAGAAGAUCUGCAGACAGUGCAAAUCAUUAAAGUCCUGCGCUAUGAAAAGAAGGUGGCAGCCAUGUUCCUGCUGAUGAUUUUCUGUUACCUAAUGUGCUGGACGCCCUAUGCAGUGGUCUCCAUGCUGGUGGCUUUCGGCAAGCAGACUCUGGUCUCUCCAACUGUUGCCAUAAUCCCAUCAUUCUUUGCCAAAUCCAGUACAGCCUACAACCCCGUUAUAUAUGGCUUCAUGAGCAGAAAGUUCCGGCGCUGCCUGCUGCAACUGGUGUGCUCCCGUCUUGCCCGCCUGAAACGCAGCAUCAAAGAACGCCCGCUGACCUGCACCAGCCAACCUAUACGCCCCAUUGUGAUGUCACAGAGCCGUGAUGACCGGCCUAAGAAAAGGGUGACCUUCAACUCAUCCUCUAUCGUUUUUAUCAUCACCAGUAAUGACACUCACACUCUUGAAGUCAACUCUAAAUGCCACAGCGAUGCAUCAGAGGUCAACGUCAUUCAAGUACGACCCCUGUGA